AUCAAAUUCUAUCUUUGAUCUCUGCCAAGUUCCUCUUUUUCUUGCAAUUUAUAAAGUAAUUUCUCUAAAUAAUUACUGGGUUUUUUUUUCCAGGAUCUGAUUCGUAAUCUUUCUUUAAAAUCCUUGUCUUUUUUCCAAAAACUAAAAAUUAUUUUUCCUUUUUUUUUUCCUUAUCAUGUUGAUCAAAAGGUCCUGGAAAUUCAAGCUAGUUCAUCUUUUAAUCCCUUAGUAUAAUCAUUUUCAAUCAUGUGAUUCGUUACAAAAUAGUAAUACCAACAAAAAAUCCAAUCUGGGUUCUUCAAAUUUUCAUAUAAAGAUCAAUAGUAUUUUAUUUUAUUUACUUUUGUUUUUAUCUUUAAAUGGCUAAUUUAUCUGAACCAUCAUCAUCUUUAAGCUUCAGUUCAUCAUCUCAUCUCUCAAAUGGUUCAAUCACUCAUGAAACCAGUGCUGCUGCUGCUACCCUCGAGGUUAUAAGCUUGACCAAGCUUAGUUCCAGCUUAGAACACCUCGUUUCCGACAAUUCACCGCCGUUUAGCGACGCCGACGUAGUGGUUGAAGGUGUUUCGGUAGGUGUUCAUAGAUGCAUAUUAGCUGUUCGAAGUAAGUUCUUUAAGGAGCUUUUUGACAAAAAGAACAAUAAUAAUGGGUGUGUUGAAAAAGAAGGGAAACCCAGUUAUAACAUGAAUGAGUUCUUGCCUUAUGGUAAGAUUGGGCUUGAAGCUUUUCAAGUUUUCUUGAGCUAUUUAUAUACUGGGAAGCUUAAAGCUUCUCCCAUGGAGGUUUCCACUUGUGUUGAUACACACUGUGCACAUGAUGCUUGUCGACCCGCCAUCGAUUUUGCUGUGGAAUUGAUGUAUGCUUCUUCUAUAUUUCAAAUACCUGAGAUGGUUUCACUUUUUCAGCGACGGCUUCUUAAUUUCGUGGAUAAGGCUCUUGUAGAAGACAUUAUUCCGAUCCUUGUGGUUGCUUUCCAUUGUCAAUGCAGUCAGCUUGUUUCUCAAUGUGUUGAUAGAGUGACAAGGUCGGAUCUUGAUAGCAUCUCCAUCGAGAAAGAGCUUCCUUAUGAAGUUGCGGAGAGCAUUCGGUUACUUCGCUGCAAGCCUCCCACUGAAGCUGAAGAUGGUGAGGCAGUGGUUGUUCCUUUGAGAGAGAAACAAAUCCGGAGAAUACAAAAAGCUUUAGACUCCGACGAUGUUGAGCUUGUUAAACUGCUUUUAACCGAGUCCGAUGUAACUUUGGAUGAUGCCACUGCCCUCCAUUACGCCGCAGCGUAUUGUGAUCCCAAGGUUGUUUCUGAGAUUCUUGCCCUACGUCUGGCUGAUGUCAAUCGACGAAACUCUCGUGGUUAUACGGUUCUUCACAUAGCUGCAAUGCGUAAAGAACCGUCGGUGAUAAUGUCACUUUUAGCAAAAGGGGCAUCUGCUUCGGAGUUGACGUUGGAUGGGCGAAGUGCUUUUAACAUCUGCCAGAGAUUGACGAGACCGAAGGAUUAUCACGCGAAAACGGAGCAAGGGAAGGAAACAAAUAAAGAUCGGAUAUGCAUCGAUGUUUUGGAGAGAGAAAUGAGGAGAAAUCCUAUGGCCGGAGAUGUUUCAGUUACUUCCCAUACAAUGGCUGAUGAUAUGCACAUGCGACUUCUAUACCUAGAGAACCGAGUGGCAUUUGCAAGGUUACUUUUCCCGAGUGAAGCGAAACUUGCCAUGGACAUCGCACAUGCGGAGAGAACCUCCGAGUUUUCUGGUCUCUCAUCAAAAGGUUCAAACGGGAACUUAAGUCAAGUUGACUUGAACGAGACGCCUGUAAUGCAGAAGAAACGACUUCUUGCGAGGAUGGAAGCCCUUAUGAAAACAGUCGAAAUGGGUCGGCGUUAUUUCCCGCAUUGCUCGGAAGUGCUAGAUAAGUUCAUGGAAGACGACCUUCCCGAUUUGUUUUACCUCGAGCGGGGCAGCCUCGAGGAGCAAAAGUUAAAGAGAUCGCGUUUCAGGGAGCUGAAGGACGAUGUGCAGAAAGCAUUUAAUAAAGACAAAGCCGAGUUUAACCGCAACGGCUUAACUUCAUCAUCGUCGUCUUCUUUAAAAGAUGGCGGUAGGUAUAAGCUCCAAAAAUUAUGAAGAAAUCUGGGUUUUGUUUUAUUUUAUUUUGUGAAAUUAAUGUUUUUAAUUGCUUAACAAACCAUUAAAAUGUCUAUAGAGAUGGUUUUUUUUUUAAUGUAUUUUUGUAGGCUUUGCUUGA